UUUGUUUUCUUUUUAUACCACAGAAUAACAGACUAAGAAAAUACGCCUUUGAGUUGAAAAUGAAUGAUCUGACCUAUUUUGUGCUGGCAGCUGAAACAGAGUCAGAUAUGGAUGAGUGGAUCCAGACUCUGAACCGCAUCCUGCAGAUCAGUCCUGAGGGGCCCCUCCAGGGGAGGAGGAGCACAGAGCUGGCCGACCUGGGGCUGGAUCCACUGGAUAACUCUUUACCUUGUGAAUGUAUGCCGGAGGAAACAGAUUCUUCAGAGAACAGCCUACACCCAGACUUUGCCAAAUACCUCACAGAAACUGAAGACACUGUCAAGACCACUCGAAACAUGGAGAGGAUGAAUCUGUUCUCGCUAGAUCCAGAUAUAGAUACUUUGAAACUUCAAAAAAAGGAUCUUUCAGAACCUGAGUUUGUGGUCAGACCCUUUGAAGAGAAAGCCGCCAAGAGAAUCAUGAUCAUUUGUAAAACUCUCAUGUUAAAUCUUCAGGGCUGUGUUACGGAGAAUGAAAGUGAUCCAAUAACGAAUAUCGAGCCUUUUUUUGUGAGUGUGGCACUUUAUGACCUCAGAGAUAGCAGAAAGAUUUCUGCUGAUUUUCACGUGGAUCUAAACCACACUGUGGUCAGACAGAUGCUCAUGGGGGCUCCCAUGACUUUGGAAAAUGGCAACAUUGACACUGUCACUCCAAGACAAUCAGAAGAACCUUAUAUCAAGGGACUUCCAGAGGAAUGGCUAAAAUUUCCAAAGCAGGCUAUAUUUUCUGUAAGUGAUCCACAUUCUGAAAUUGUUUUGGUGGCCAAAAUUGAAAAAGUCCUGAUGGGAAAUAUUGCAAGUGGUGCUGAACCUUAUAUUAAAAAUCCAGACUCCAACAAGUUUGUACAAAAGAUCCUAAAAUCCAACAGACAGUUCUGUAGCAAAUUGGGGAAGUACCGAAUGCCAUUUGCCUGGGCAGUGAGGUAAGUCAACCCCUGCAACCAAAAGAUUAGCACAUUGAUGUGAUAUCUGCAUUGGAAGCUUCAGUUUUGAACACCUUUGUUUCACCUACUGUUUCUAAUGUAUCCCUACCUAUAAGAAUGC